CCUUAUCUAGUGAUCGUUUAAGAAAACUGGUCGUCAAACUGAUAAACGUCACAAUAAAAAAAUACAAAAUGUCAGAAUAAAGUACAAUAAUAGUGCCUACAUAUUUUCUUAGCUAAGUGAAAGUAAUCAAAAUAGUAGAUAGGUACCUACUACACAUGCAACAGAAAAUAUUUAAAUAUGGAAGAUCAAGGAGCUAAGAAAAUUUUAUUUAACAAAUCAAUGCUAUUUAGCCUGAAAGCUGAGCUACUGAGGAAACAAGAAGAGGUUCUUGUGAAGAAGCAAAUGCCUCAGCAUAAAGCUGAAAAUUUCAAACCACCUCCAGUAAAAACUGACAAAUCAGAAAAAUCAGAUAAAAAAUCUUUUAAAGAAAACUUGAAAGCUGUCGACGUUGAGGAGUUACAAGCAAGUAGAAAAUCAAAGUUGGCAUUGGAGAAAAAAGCUGAGCUUUAUGAACAUUUAACAGACAAUGCUGGCAAUUCGCAGCUAGCAGGAAGAUUCUUGGUAGAUUUCAGUACAAAAAAACAGCAGCAACAAGAAUUUACUAAGACUAUCGUAGAAAAUAAAUCUGGAGAUGAACAAGUUGUGGCAAAUGACAAUGAUGACAAAGAUGAGAAUGAGUGGGUCGAGUUUACAGAUUGUCUCGGUAGAACUAGAAAAUGUCAUAAAUCGGACCUCGAAAUGUUUACGACGCGGGAUAAAGCACUUAGGAGAACUAUGGGUAUUGACACAAGCACUGAAGACCAUUCCACCAAUGAGGAUACAAAUCAGUCAACAGAGAAACCGUAUUUGGUACAGAAGACUAAUGAUUACCUUCAAUCGCUUCGAAGAAAAUGGGAAGAGAAAGAAAAGGAUCUUCUUCAGAAAGACAAAGACAUCCAUUAUCAGGAUUUGUUGUUUGAUGAGGCAAGAAUACACGGCGUCGGUUAUUACUCGUUCAGUACUGAUGAGACUGAGCGUCGUAAACAGAUGGAAGAGUUGACGAAACGUCGCCAGGACACGUUGAAGAAACAAGAAGAAGCUGAGGAAAUGAGGAAAAAGCGUGACGAGCUGAUGGCUGCCAGGGUCGCCGCCGCCAGGGCCAGGCAGCGAGCGCGCGCUGGUCUGCCGCCCGAACCGCCACAAGAAAACCAAAAGGAUUUCUCCGCUUGUCUUCUUGAAUUGCUAACGCGGCAAAGGAAUGAAGUAGAAGAAAAAGCUAAAGCCGAGGAAAAUAAAAUAAAAGAAGAACAAGAAAAAGAAAGGCAAAAGCUAAGGGAAGCUUACAUUCGUGAGUGGGACUUGGGAAAGGAAGGUGUCGAAGAUAAAGUCAAGAAGUUUCGCGAAAUGACUCAAGAAGAAUAUGUUGAACAGCAAAGGAACAAGAGAAUAAAUGAAUUCGCUCCGCCUCAGAUAUCUGAGAAGAAAUCAAGUUUUGUUUUCGAUAGUAAAGGACGAAAAGUUAAUUCAGAAGAACCAGCUACGCAAAAUAAAACUUGGUCUGACGUGAGACCUAAAAUUAAUACACCGCCUCCACCUCAUAUUGGGGAAAUAAGUUUGGAUGAAUCGUCAUCUCAAACAUUUAUAGAGGAAAGCAAUUCAAUGAAACGAAAAGGCUUAUAUUUCUCAAGUAAAGAAACAAGAUUCAAUUACAGGAACUUCGUUCCGCAGCAAGAUCUAACGCCUAUAGUUAACGAAUUAAGUGAUGAUGAAUCAAACAAUGCCUUAGAGACCAAAAAUACAGGAAAUGUCCCAAGCCAUUCUGAAAUAGCUCCUCCUGCUACAUAUGAGUAUUAUGGACCCGUUAAUAAAAAGCGAAUUAUCGAGAGACCAUUUAAAUCGGACAUUAGAGAAGCAUACGCCCAGGGAAGUAAAUAUUUAGAAGCGUCUAAUAGUAACCGAGAGUCGAAUAUACCUAAACAGUACGAUUUUAUGUUUAACUAAGGGAGGUUAAUAAAUAACUAGUAGAUA